CACUCCUUCUUCUUCUUCUAUUUCGGUCAUCCCCAGCAACACUUCUUCUUCUUUUGGUUGGGGAUUUCAGAGAGGGAAGUCCAAAUCCACCAUUAAAAUUGAAAUUGAUGAAUGAGAAUGUUGAAUUUGGUGAUUAUCUUGAAACUGAGAGAGAUGGAUGUGAAUGAUGGGUUUGAAUCAGAUCGAGUUAAAUAUAGGGUUUGAUGGGUUUAUCUUGAAACUGAGCACCUGCUGCUGAUGAAGUUGAAUAAAAAAUAUGGGUAUUGUUUCUGCUACCUGUAAUUGAAGUUGGUGAUAGUUUGAAUCAGCCAUUGCUGCUGGUGAUAUCGAUGAUGUGAAAUAGACGAAAUUGAAGUUAGGGUUUUGCUGUAUGGUGAAGAAAUCGAAUUAAGAAUGGGUAAUUGCGGCAAAAUAGAUUGGUUUUCCUUAGGUUCAUUCAAUGUUUGCAGGAAAUAAAGAAGCCAACACAGAAUUCAUCGGUUUUGAUUGAAAAAGUAUCGAAUAAUAAGGUCAUUAUAGAUGUAGAUGAAUAUAGAGCAGAUAGUUCCUUCUCCGAUCCAAUGUUUGUGAAGCACACUGAAGCAAUUCUUGAUGAAGUCGAAAUCUUGGAGGAAAUUGACCUGAUGGAAGAGGAAGUUGAGAUGGAAGAUAUUGUUGAAGAACCCGUUCUGGAUAUUGAUAGUUGCAACUCAAAGAACACACUUGCACUUGUAGAUUAUAUAUUGUUGAUAUAUAUGCUCACUACAAAAAACUGAGAAUUCUAGCUGUGUAUCUCCCAACUAUAUGGUUCAGCAAUCCGACAUCAACGAGAAGAUGAGGGCCAUCCUAGUUGAUUGGUUAAUCGAGGUGCAUUAUAAAUUUGAGCUCAUGGAUGAGACAUUAUUCCUUAUGGUUAAUAUCAUAGACAUAUUCUUAGCCCGCCAAACAGUCGAACAAAAGAAACUUCAAUUGGUUGGAAUUACAGCCAUGCUUUUAGCAUGCAAGUAUGAUGAAGUCUCCGUACCAGUUGUUGAUGAUCUUUUUCUAAUAUCCGGCAAGGCUUAUACAAGGAAGGAAGUUCUUGCUAUGGAGAAAUUGAUCGUAAAUACAUUACAAUUCAAUAUGUCAGUUCGAAUUGAAUUGAGAAAUUACAGAAGAAGAAAAGGGGAAAAGCCGGGGAUGACCGAGAAACAGCCGAGAUUUGGCCGGAUUUCCAAUUUGGUGAGUCAACUCGUAACUGACCGAUGACCGAUCCAGCUAUGUGACUCAGUUGUGUAAGAUAAUUCAGACCAAUCAGAUGUAGCUGAAAGACUCGCUUAACUGCCUAUCUCUUGACCCAUUGACCACCUGUUUGACUAGUUUGACCGCUAAUUCUGAAGGUAUCGUAAGUUCGUAACGGAAUUUCCAUUGACAGAGAUAAGAUUCAGGUGCUUUUCUGGCUGGAUUCCGGCAAUUAAGGAGAUUGUUUACAAAAUUAAUAUGAUACCUUGUUUGGACAUCUCUUUACUUUACAAUUUUGCUUUAUAAAUUUACAAGUCGACUCCGUGCCAUUGUGGCGGAUCUAAAUUGCGAGUAAAAAUUUAAUUUGGCGUCAAUUUUUUCGGCCGGCCGUGUCAGCGAUCAUCUAGUUUUAGUUUUAAGUUUAAAUUUAAAUUUUUGUCAUUUUCUAUUUAUUUAAUGUAUAUUAAACGGUAUGUAAUUUUUUUUGUUAUUAAAGAAAUAGGCUCAGUU